GUCCUAGGAUACUCUGCACUGACUGCAGCUUCCGCUCUUGAAUCUUCACUCAAGUGGUGGACACGCAUAAGCGCGAGCAGAAGCCUGAGAAGGAGAGCAUACCAAUUUGUAUCAACCCUAUAAGGCGUCAUGGCUCUAUGUGGACGAUUGGAGACCUCUUCUGUGGGCAAUGAGUCACAUCUGCUGUCAAAGUCAGGUGCAAGUGCUUUGCGAGACUCUUUGCAACGUGCUCAAUGUAGAUGGGCAUGGUCACCGGUACGACGCCACAGAGUGGAAAGUCUGUUCUGCUUGCGUCAGAUGUACACCACCGAUCAUCGGGCAAAUUCUGCACAUCUGGCUCCCCUAAGCAAUCCAGAGAUUGCGUGGCCCCAGAAACCCUCUACAACCAACGUCAACUUUUCCUAUGAGUUGGGGACCAAAAUGUGGCCUGUUGCAGGCAAACGCAGUAAGCCAAGUCAGCAUCAGGUGGUGGCAUUUGCUGCCAGCACCUCUGGGAGAGGCUUCGACGCUCCACUUAGUGAUAGGGUCAACCCAACAAAGGAGGCACGAACUGCAAAGGAAUACUUCAAGAUGCUUGGAGACACCGUUGGAAAGAUGUUGAAGGGCGUCCCUGUGUACCUCGUUGGUGACGAUGGCGAUGGCAACGCUGCGGUGGCGGAGGAAGUGGCCCCCGUCCUGGGAUACGUACCUUUCCAGAGCGCCAAGCUGAUCCAGCAGACCACCGGAAAGGGCCUGGCAUCCAUUGCGGCUGAAGAAGGGCUGGAGGGCGUUGCAGAAGCGGAGGCGUCAAUAGUGCGGGAGCUGAGCACGUUCGUGCGCUGUGCAGUCGGAACAAUCGGCGGCGGCCAGGGCGCCGCAGCAGAUCCCGCGCGGUGGAACCACUUGCAUGGAGGGGUCAGUGUCUGGCUGGAUUGUAGUUCUUCAGGUUCUAAAAGGGACGACUCCUUGAAAGGCCCGCAGCACCUCGGCUACACGAAGUGCGACAUCGUUGUACGAUUCAGCCUACCAGAGGGCGCCACGUGGCAGCCUACGGUCACGCGGGCCGUGUCGGAAGGCGUGCUUGAAGGGAUCAAAAAGCUGCUAACAGAGAACGAGAAUUAUGCAGGAAAGAAGAGCUUGUAUAUACGUUCGGGCUGCCGGGGUGACUGGCCGGAUCUAGCAGAGCCUGGGGCAGAGGUAACGCCGCAAUCAGUUUCGCAAAACAGCGGUCCGGUAAAGGAGGUUUUGUUAGGUCAGCAAAAUGCAUAGGCGACAAGGCUCAAAAGGGACGGAACGUGUUACACUCUCCUCGGUCGGCUUUCUCUAAUCAGCAUACGGGUUAAUAUUGUGUGCUGCAAUCCUAUGUCACAAAUCAGCUUCGAUGCUGAGUUGCACGAUUAAAACAGCCGGUAUCAUAUCAGAGUGCCACAUACUCUCCAAC